GCGUCAAUUCCUUGCGAUGGAACCAGUUUUUCUUCAUCCAUGGAUAAGACACAAUUGAUUGAAAUUGUACGAUUAUAUCAUCCUCGCCGAUGUUCAAAUAGGUUAUGUGACGCGCAGUCACGUGGUUCACGCGUCAUCCCCUCCCCCUCUCAGCUGUCAAACUUUCUCUCUCUCUCUCGCUUCCGACUGCGGCGAAGCGAUAUCGCGACCGAGAUGUCAAAACGAACGGCGGUGACGGAUUACGAUUAUGGAUCGCGUAGAUAGUAAACAGUCGGAAGUACAACAGCUGUAAACCUUAAUCUAGUCAAUUGCAGAUAAACGUGGAACGCGGUGAGGCAGAUCGCUACGAUGAAGAUCGCUCGUUGAAACGUCAAUUAAUCGCGAGGAGAGCUCGAGAUUGGCGGAAAGGAAUUAUGCCUCGGAAAUUCUGUCGAUGAAGAAGUAGCCUUAGGUUAUGCCGUUUCCUUGUCCAAGUGUUCGUAGCCUGUUAUCAACGAAGGACUCGUCGGCCGCCACGUAGAGAGGACGAGAUUUAUUUUUUUUUUAUUUUUUUUUUUUUUUGUGAUAAAAAUGGGCGACCACAUCGGCGAUAACAUAUUGAUCCCGCAGGUCGACAAUGUCGUGUUGAUCGACAGGAGCGAUGGCAGUAACAAGUGUAUGGAUGGGACCCUGUGCAUCAGCGGUCAUCAUCUUAUCUUAUCUUCCAGACAGGACGACGGUCAGGAACUGUGGUUGAUGAAUCGCAAUAUCGAUGUCGUGGAGAAGAAACUGAACACCCAGAGCCCAGGAGGUAGCAUAAUAUUGAAAUGCAAAGACUUUCAGAUCCUUCAGUUAGAUAUCGGCUCCACCAAUGAUUUAAUCAAUGCCAUAUUAUCCAUAGAAAAGCUGAUAUCGUUAGAUCAGACUCUGCAAUAUCCAUUCUUCUAUCGACCACAGACAACCAACAACGCCAUGCAAAUAGAGGAUGGAUGGACAGCAUUCGCGCCUGUCUCCGAGUGGUCCAGAUUAUUGGCGGCUCACGGAGACGAGUGGCGGAUUAGUUACUUGAAUAGAGAUUACAAAGUGUGCAAUUCGUAUCCAUCGGCAGUCAUAGUGCCACGCCAGAUGGACGACAAAGUUGUUAUAGCCUCCGCUGGCUUCAGGGAUGGUGGAAGAUUCCCUGUUUUAUGUUACAGGCAUGAGGGAGGGAGCAUAUUAUUGAGAAGCAGUCAGCCGUUAUGUGGUGCUACUGGUAAGAGAUGUAAAGAAGAUGAAAAGCUGUUGAACGCGGUUUUAGGUCCUGGAAGACGCGGUUAUAUAGUGGACAUGAGAUCCAUUAGUCAGGCGCAGAGUGCUAGGGCCAGAGGUGGAGGUACAGAAAUGGACACUGCUUAUCCACAGUGGCGAAAAGUACAUAAACCAGUUCCUCGACCGCACGAUUUAGCGGAUAGUUUCUACAAGUUAAUAGAAGCUUGCAACGAAGUGAAUAGUUCCACUUCGCAGUGGCUGUCGAGGUUGGACAGCAGCGGGUGGCUAACCGCCGUACAAAGUGCUUUAAACGCAGCUUGCGUCACCGCGCAAUGUCUGCAUCAAGAAGUCGCUGCUGUGUUAGUGCAUGGCAGUACAGGUAGAGACUCUACGUUAGUAGUAACUAGUUUAGCCCAGGCAAUACUGAAUCCCGAUUGUCGGACGGUACGAGGACUUCAGGCGCUUAUAGAACGCGAAUGGUUGCAAGCGGGCCAUCAGUUUUUCAGUCGAACUCGUUCCGGAGCCUAUCAAUCCUCGAGCUCGCAAAAUCCAACGCACGCGCCGACCUUCUUGCUCUUUCUCGAUUGUCUUUAUCAAUUACAUCAUCAAUUCCAAUUUAGUUUCGAGUACACGGUAGAUCUACUUAUCAGACUGUACAAGCACGCUUAUUCCUCAAACUAUGGUACAUUUUUAGGUGAUUCGGAAGCAGAGAGGAUAAAGUUACGGUUAUCAGAACGAACUUACAGCUUGUGGUCGUACAUGAAUCAACCGGACGUCCUAGAACAGUGGAUAAAUCCGUUGUACGAGCCGAAUCCGGGGGUGAUCUGGCCCAGCGUCGCCCCUAUCAGUAUUAAACUAUGGAGAGAACUGUAUGUCGCGCAUACGAACGCCGCUUCAUGGGAUGGUAUGCUUUCCUAUGCGAAGCAGAUCAAGCAGAAUCACACGGCGGUGCGCAAAGUGGCCGGACAGUUGCACGCGCAGAUCAAGCAAGCGUUGGAGGAGAUCCGUUCGGACCCGGACAUGUCGCGAGGGGAUGCGGACGGUCAGGAGGAACAUCCUUGUAUCGCGCAAUUGAGCCUAGAGUCUCAGAGUACUUGAUAUAGAUUUGUAGAAACCGAGAAGGUCUAAAGUCCGCGCUGCUGUUCAACGAUCUUGUCAAUAUGCCUUCGAUUAUACAAUACCACGUUAGUUCGUAAGGAUCAACGGGCGAAUAAUUGCCACGAAUGCCGAAAUCCUGCGUAAUAAUGAGUUCUCGGUCAACUCUUCUUUCUGAUCUCUAAGAUUUAAAAAGAAAUAUCUAUUCGUCUAAAAAAAAAAAACACAGAAAAUGGCUCUAUCGGUUUUAUAAAACGGAUUAUCUUUGUUGAUAUAAAAGUGAAUCUUGUAUAUAUCUAUGUGUAAAAGAUAUUUCGGAUAAUCGGCGUUACAUACAUUACAUUAUUACUACGAUCUUCGCCUGUAAAAUUCGCACCACUAAAAAAAAAAACACGUGUUCUAUGCAAAGCGAUUCAAACAAGACAGAGAUGAAUUUGUGAUAUUUUUUUAUUUUACAAAUCUCAUAACUUGUAUCAUACCCACGUAAUAGUAAUUUUAGCGGCGUUGUAUUAUGCAACGUACACAUAUAUAUCACAUGUAAUAAUUUAUCGAAAUUAUUAUAUGUAAUAUAUAUAUAUAUAUAAAUUUUCCCCCUCUAUAUACAUGUAUAAUUUAUUUAUCCAAAGGUAAUAUAAUAACCAAAUAAAAAAUGGACUCUAUAUUAAAAAUUCACCACGGAGGAGCGUAAUUGCGAGGGUAAAAACUGGCGAAAAUUUUUCAUUCGAGCGUACAGAGAGAGAGAGAGAGAGAGUGUAGAGGAAAUCUCGCUUGUUCGGGGGUACGGACGAGUUUUUACCGUUAUUCGGGAAGGAUGGCGGAUCAAAGAGAGAGGAAGAGAGAGCAAGUUAAGGGCGGGAUUGUUGCCGCUGCCGAGGCAAAAGGGGGAGAAGGCUGGAGGGGAAAGCGCGGCAGGUGUUCACACACAAAGAAACUGAAAGGGAAUCCCACGGCCAUUGGCUCCGCACUCAGGAAUGCAUCGAGUUUCGUCGGCACAUUCGCAUUUCGCGAUCAAAUAUACGUACACACAUGCACGUAUUAUCUUAAUACAGUCAUAAGACGAACAGAGAAGAGGGAUGGGGAGAGAGAAGAAGAAUAUAUAUGUAUGUGUAGAUAUAUGUAUGUUUAAUGUGUGUCGAGUUGCGUAAAAAUUCAUCUUGGGAAGAAUGAUAUAAAAAGAUAAAUCGGCGUAAAUUUUUUUUAAGUAUAAAUAAAGGCGAAGAGAAUCUGUAUAUAGAAUCGUUUGACGCUAUAGUUAAAAAAAGGGUCUAUUUUGUAAAAAUGCUCUCUAAGCUAUUAUAUAGAGCUCUGUAAAAAAGC